UCCGGCGGCGCCAGCCUGUACGCGCGCCUCCGCCAGCGCAUCGGCCAGGUGCACGGGAUCGCCGCCGAGAACGUGGACGUGUUCGGCCUGAAGGACGUGGCGGACGGCGUGGACGUGCGCUACAACUGCCACAGCUCGCCCUACUACACGGCGGCGCGCCUCGACGGCCUCAUGCUGGCCGCGCGAGAGGAGAUAAUGGCCGAGGGCAUCAGCAUCCCGCUGGUGGACAUCAACAGCUGCCUGUACGAGUCGCUGUCGCCGUGCCAGGAGAAGUCGUGCCAGCACACUCUGCGUCCGAACCUGACGUCGCCGCUGGUCGUGGCGUCUGACGUCACCACGAUGGUCGGGGUGGACAUCGCCGACGACUACACGUGCGACUGCGGCGCCCUGGAGCCGCCGCACACGGUGUGCCACGACGGCUUCUGCCUCAACGGCGGCACCUGCGUCGAGGCCAACCAGACGCUGACGUGUCUGUGCCCCGACAGCGCCAACUACGGCCCGCGCUGCGAGCUCACCAACGCGCGCUUCGAGAGAGGCUACGCGUGGUACGAGGGGCCCAAGGUGUGCGACAACUCGUCCUUCUCGAUGGCCUUCGAGACGCGGGACCCCGAGGGCCUGCUGCUCUACGCCGGCCCCAUGCUGACCAAACCGUGGCAGGACUACCCGAAGGACUUCAUCUACGUGGUCCUCAGGGACUGGAUCCUGGAGGCGUACCUCGACCCUCGCACGGGCACCGUCGUGAUGAAGGUCAGCCUCGAGAAGAACAGCGCGCGCUCCUUCGACUUCGUGCUCUCGUGGGCCGACGACGGCAUCAGCCUGGAGGUCCCCAACUGCCUCGGCAACAGCAGCUCCUCCGCCACCGCCUGCAAGAAGACCACGCCCCUGCCCGGCACCGUCAGCCCCAGCGUCCUGCUCAACUCCGGGCCCCUGCAGCUGGGGGGCGUGACGGCCAUGCCCUCCUUCGAGCAGCUGGCCGCCUCCUACGAGUGGACGAUCGUGCCGCCGGUGGUGCUGCCCUUCUUCGGCUGCAUCUUCGAGGUCCGCUACAACGACUACCUCUACGACCUCAACUCCACCGACUACACCAAGUCGACGUACCUGCCGUGCAACGCCCCCACGCCCGCGAAGGUCAUCCUGGGCCAGCAGUCGAUCAUCAUCAUCGUGGUCAGCCUGCUGUGCCUCAUACUGCUCGUCCUCCUGAUCCUGUGUCUGGCGCGUCGGGGCAAGAAGACGAUAUCCCACCCCGAGUUGGACGGCAUCGUCAAGGAAACCAUCGGGGGCACUGACCUCGAAGGCUACGGCGAGAAGGACAUGACCCAGUAUGACCUCAAGCUGCUGCGGGUCGGACCGGACGGCCACCUGUUCAAUGACGAGGACCGCCGCCGCCCUCCUGACGUGGUGGACGACCACCGGCAGGACCGCAUGGCACCCUUGGCCCAGAUGCCGGAUGGUCUUAGCAUCGGGGACUUCAUCAACGACAACAUCAAGAAGGUGGACAAGGAGCCGACUGAUUUCGAUGAUGUCCGCCAUUACUGCUUCGAGGGAGAUGAGAUGUCCAUCGCCUCCCUGUCUUCCAUCGACUCCAACGGCUCCACGGACAGCGGCAGCCAGGCCUUCGACUACGCCACGGACUGGGGUCCUCGCUUCGAGAAGCUCAACCAGAUCUACCGCCGCGACUCGGACGAGGAGGAGGACAGCGAGUUCGACUUCAAUAUCCCGAAGGGGCGCAAGAGGGACACGCUGCCCGGCGGGAAGCCCAAGAGCUCCUCCCCCGCUCAGCCCCCUGCCGACGGCGCCCCCGGCUUCUCUUCUGGCGACGCUCAACGGCCGGGGCGCCCUCGGGACGGGCCCUCGGUCACCUUCGCCACGCCCGAGACGAAGGGCAGCCGGGAGGGCCUGCUGCCGGAGUCGCCGCAGCGCCGGGACUACCACGAGGCCGUCAACCCCAUGGCGGACCUGGACGAGGGCGCCGAGUCCUGGUGCUAGGGGCGGCGCGGUCGGGCAGGCGGUCGGGCGUGUCGGGGCGGGGGCAGGUCGGGGCGAGUCGGAGGGGAAGAAACAAAAGUAAAUGGAUAUCAGUGUCAAUAACAGAAAGAAUAGGUGUGUGUUGCAUGCUCUGAAGCCGCCUCGUGCAUCGAAGGGGAUCUUGCACUUAGAUUUGGAAACAUCGCCGGAGGGGAAGAGAAAACCGUAGAUGAUUCGCUCAUGUUCUGGAAACUUACGUGUGCCCUUUGUGUGAAUGGAAAAUCAUUGUCCUAUCAUGGCUUCCCCUCAAAAAAGGAAGAAAAUCGUACCAUCUUAUUCGAUCCCAGCGCAUUCACCCUCCCCCCUCUCCCCCUGCCCCGACCUCCGCCACACCGACCACCCUUGACCUGCUUAGAAAGAAAUCAUUUUCCAAGUGUGACCUCGACCGUGCGGAGAAGUGUGUGCCUGCGGGAAGGAGGAAGACAAGACGAUUUUUGCUCCAGACGCCAACUUAGCCUUGUGUGUAGCCGAGUCGCUUAGUGUAGGCCGAACGUGAACCAAAGGUGCUCCAAGCUAGACGAGUCAGAGUUCGGGACGUCGCUGCGUGGCCUCUGCGGCUGCUGCCGCCUCGGGUCUCAUUUCCGCUCAUCUGCUGUUUCUGGUCUUUUUUUUGUCUGUCUUUCUUCUCUCUUUCUCUUUCGCGCUUUCUGUUUCUCUCUCUCUCUCUCUCUCUCUCUCUCUCUCUCUCUCUCU